AUUAUUAUUCUUGGUUCGUUCGCCUGAUAGCAAAUAGGGAAUAAUAAGCAACCCUCUUCGGUGUAAUCAUAACACUCACUCCUAACCGCAAUUGUUGCUAGAGAUACAGAAUUAGUCAUCAAAAGCUAGUCUGGAUGGAAGCCCUGACACCUACAUCGUGUGUGAGUCACAGGAGGAGUCAAAAUGCUAUUAUGACGCUAAAGUAUGGUUUGAUUAUCGUUACUAUAUUUGGUGAAGUGCUAUCUCUGCCACCAGUCUAUCGUGAGUUAUCAACGUCAGGAAUACCUACUGACUGGGACAUUGAUGUUAACGAAGACGAAACGAUUCUUCUUCCACCGUGUGAGAACAAAAUGAAAAAAGAAUAUCAACCGUCCGGUGUCAUCUGGGGGACUGGUCGAAACCCGUCAGAAAACACGAUGCUUAAAAACUACCCAAAAGAUCCAGAUCAUGAAUUCUACCUUGUCAUCUCAAAUGCUACACACAGGGAUGCUGGCAUCUACUGGUGUCAGCUGAAGCUAAUUGGUCACAGUGCGAUAAAUUGCACGCGUAAUCUAACCGUGGUGCCAACAGAGGUAGAGGAAGGCAAACCGCAGCAGGAGAAGAACGGACAGCAAUCGGCGCCCAGCAGAUCAGCGGGUGAAACAACGCACAAUCAUUUUCAAGCAUUCAAGAACCUCUGCUUGCUGAGCGGAAUCCUUACAUUAUGGCUGAACAACAUUGGUGGCUUUCGGUAGAGGGAUCAGAGAGGGAAAUGAAGUUAUUUUUAUCGUUAUUUCAUUAUAUUCUAUUCAAAUGUACCUCAAAGUAAUAUCAAAACAUAGUUACACGAUAUUAAAUGUAUCAGUAUGAUUUUUCAUAACGAAACUGCCGAUAUUUUGUUUUCCUUCCAUUAUAUUAAGAGGCGAUUAUUUUGCAGAUUAUACUAUUAAGAAGAAACUCUAUUUUGAAAAUAAAAAUGCCAUGUUUCUUUCCUGAGUUUCUUUUUUAUCAGGUUUUUUUUCAAGCAAAAUAAAGAGAGCAAGAGUCUUAAUAAUACAGAAAAUGUUCAAUAGUGAAAUAGAUUUUGAUAGGUCGUUUAUAAAAAAAUGUAUAAUUGUCAAACAAAUGAAAGAAAUCGAUUCUGUAGAAAAGUAAUACU